AUGGGUGCCUGUGGAUCUUCGUGCUGUGGAGGCAAAUCUCGCGAUGGCCUAUACGAGCCAGUCCUCGCCGAGAGCGAGAGAGAAGCUGUUGCGGACCUCCUUCAAUACCUAGAAAACCGUGGAGAAACCGACUUCUUUUCUGGCGAACCUUUACGAGCUCUGAGCACUCUAGUCUUCUCAGAUAAUGUCGACCUUCAACGCAGCGCAAGCCUGACUUUCGCCGAGAUAACAGAGCGAGAUGUCCGCGAAGUCGAUCGUGAUACACUCGAGCCAAUACUGUUCCUGUUACAAAGCCCAGAUAUAGAAGUUCAGCGAGCAGCCAGUGCCGCCCUUGGAAACCUUGCAGUCAACACUGAAAACAAGGUCGCUAUUGUGCUUCUCGGCGGGCUUACCCCUCUCAUUCGACAGAUGAUGUCCCCCAACGUUGAAGUACAGUGCAACGCGGUAGGCUGCAUUACAAAUCUUGCAACCCACGAGGACAAUAAAGCAAAGAUAGCAAGGUCUGGAGCGUUGGGGCCUCUUACUCGUUUGGCAAAAUCAAAAGACAUGAGAGUUCAGAGGAACGCAACUGGAGCUCUCCUGAACAUGACCCAUUCAGAUGAAAAUCGGCAGCAACUCGUAAAUGCGGGUGCCAUACCAGUACUCGUCCAACUCCUUUCUUCCUCCGACGUUGACGUUCAAUAUUACUGCACCACUGCGUUGAGCAACAUUGCUGUCGAUGCAAACAACCGAAAGAAGUUGGCACAAAAUGAGAAUAGACUCAUUCAGUCUUUGGUCAAUUUAAUGGACUCAUCUUCGCCGAAAGUUCAAUGCCAGGCUGCUCUGGCUUUACGAAACCUUGCUUCCGACGAGAAAUACCAACUCGAAAUCGUUCGGGCGCGAGGUCUACCUCCUCUUCUUCGACUUUUACAAUCCUCAUACCUACCUUUGAUUCUUUCUGCAGUAGCUUGUAUUCGGAACAUCUCCAUCCACCCUCUUAACGAAUCACCUAUUAUCGAUGCAGGAUUUUUAAAGCCACUGGUGGACCUGUUAGGAUCUACAGACAAUGAGGAGAUCCAAUGCCAUGCAAUAUCUACGCUUCGAAACCUUGCGGCAAGCUCUGAUCGCAACAAAGCUCUGGUUUUGGAAGCUGGAGCUGUUCAGAAAUGCAAGCAAUUAGUUCUCGAUGUUCCCCUGAGCGUACAAUCAGAAAUGACUGCCGCAAUUGCCGUAUUAGCUCUCAGCGAUGAGCUCAAGACUCACCUCCUGAACUUGGGAGUUUUCGACGUUCUAAUCCCUCUUACAGACUCGCAGAGUAUCGAAGUCCAAGGCAAUAGUGCAGCAGCUCUUGGGAAUCUCUCUUCAAAAGUCGGCGAUUAUUCAAUCUUCAUUCAAGACUGGACAGAGCCUAAUGGAGGCAUCCAUGGGUAUCUCAAACGGUUCCUUGCCAGUGGAGAUGCUACCUUCCAGCACAUUGCGAUCUGGACGCUGCUUCAGCUUUUAGAGUCCGAAGAUAAGAAGCUUAUCAGCUUAAUUGGAAAGUCAGAGGAGAUAGUGCAGAUGAUCAAGACGAUCGCGGAUACGCAAAUCGAGUCUGACGAUGAGGGUGAAGAGGAUGGCGAGGGAGAAGUUGUGCAGCUUGCCCAGCGCUCUUUGCAACUCCUGGGGCAGAACAAGCCAUCUCACAUUGAGGGUUAG